CCUCUCUCUCUCUAUCUCUAGGAUUUGUACCUACCUUUCAAACUCUUCUCCAAAACCGUUUCACUAAAUCAUCACUGGUUUUCCGACAAACUAAUAUCAGACCAGCCACCGAUUCACUCCUCUCUCUCUCUCCCUCUAGGAUUUCUUCGCGAAGUUUGAUUUCUGCAUAUUUCUGAACACAACAUUAAAGAGGAAGAAGUUUCCAGCAUAAGAAGCAAGAUGUUCGAGCCUAAUAUGUUGCUUGCGGCUAUGAACCACGAAGAUAGCAACAAUCACAACUAUAAUCAUGAAGACAACAACAAUAACAAUGAAGAGUUUCUUCGGGAUGAUGAAUUCGACAGUACUAAAUCGGGAAGUGAUAAUCAAGAAGGAGGAUCAGGAAACGAUCAAGAUCCUCAUCAUCCUAAUAAGAAGAAACGAUAUCAUAGACACACACAACUUCAGAUCCAAGAGAUGGAAGCAUUCUUCAAAGAGUGUCCUCACCCGGAUGACAAGCAAAGGAAACAACUUAGCCAUGAAUUGGGUCUGGAACCUCUUCAGGUCAAGUUCUGGUUCCAGAACAAACGCACCCAAAUGAAGAAUCACCACGAGCGACACGAGAACUCGCAUCUUCGGGCGGAAAACGAAAAGCUUCGAGCAGACAACCUUAGAUAUCGAGAAGCUCUUGCAAAUGCUUCAUGUCCUAAUUGUGGUGGUCCAACGGCUAUUGGAGAAAUGUCCUUCGACGAACACCAACUCCGUAUUGAAAAUGCUCGAUUAAGAGAAGAGAUCGAUAGAAUAUCAGCCAUAGCAGCCAAAUACGUAGGCAAGCCAGUCUCAAACUAUCCACUCAUGUCUCCUCCUCCUCUUCCACAACGUCCUCUAGAACUCGCCAUGGGAAAUUUUGGAGGAGAUGUUUAUGGAAACAACCCAACCGAUCAGUUCAAGUCCAUCACUGCACCAACAGAAUCUGAUAAACCAGUGAUCAUAGACUUAGCCGUGGCUGCAAUGGAAGAGCUCAUGAGGAUGGUUCAAGCGGACGAGCCUUUGUGGAAUAGUUUGGUUUUAGACGAAGAAGAAUAUGCACGUACGUUUCCUAGAGGAAUAGGACCUAAACCGGUUGGAUUUAGAUCCGAAGCCUCACGAGAAAGCGUGGUUGUGAUCAUGAAUCAUAUAAACAUUGUCGAGAUUCUCAUGGAUGUGAAUCAAUGGUCGAUUGUUUUUGCGGGGAUGGUUUCUAGAGCGAUGACAUUAGCUGUUUUAUCGACUGGAGUUGCAGGAAACUAUAAUGGAGCUCUUCAAGUGAUGACUGCAGAGUUUCAAGUUCCAACACCGUUAGUACCGACCAGGGAAACCUAUUUCGCACGUUACUGUAAACAACAAGCAGAUGGUUCAUGGGCAGUUGUGGAUAUUUCCUUGGAUAGUCUCCAGCCUAAUCCCCCGGUUAGAUGCAGGCGACGAGCUUCAGGAUGUUUGAUUCAAGAAAUGCCUAAUGGAUACUCCAAGGUGACUUGGGUGGAACAUGUGGAAGUUGAUGACAGAGGAGUUCAUGACUUAUAUAAACACAUGGUUAGUACUGGUCAUGCCUUUGGUGCUAAGCGUUGGGUAGCUAUUCUUGACCGUCAAUGCGAGCGGUUAGCUAGCGUCAUGGCUACAAACAUUUCAUCAGGAGAAGUUGGCGUGAUAACUAACCAAGAAGGGAGGAGGAGUAUGCUGAAACUGGCGGAGAGGAUGGUUAUAAGCUUUUGUGCAGGAGUGAGUGCUUCAACUGCUCACACAUGGACUACAUUGUCUGGUACAGGAGCUGAAGAUGUUAGAGUGAUGACUAGAAAGAGUGUGGAUGAUCCAGGAAGGCCUCCUGGUAUUGUUCUUAGUGCAGCUACUUCAUUUGGGAUCCCUGUUCCUCCAAAGAGAGUUUUUGACUUCCUCAGAGAUGAGAAUUCAAGAAAUGAGUGGGAUAUUCUGUCAAAUGGAGGAGUUGUGCAAGAGAUGGCACAUAUUGCUAAUGGGAGAGAUACAGGAAACUGUGUUUCACUCCUUAGAGUAAAUAGUGCAAACUCUAGCCAGAGCAACAUGCUGAUUCUACAAGAGAGUUGCACUGAUCCUACAGCUUCAUAUGUGAUCUAUGCACCAGUGGAUAUUGUAGCGAUGAACAUAGUGCUUAAUGGAGGUGAUCCGGACUAUGUGGCUCUUCUUCCAUCAGGUUUUGCUAUUCUUCCUGAUGGUAAUGCCAAUGGUGGUGGAGAAGGAGGGUCGUUGUUAACGGUUGCUUUCCAGAUUCUGGUUGACUCGGUUCCAACGGCUAAGCUGUCUCUUGGUUCGGUUGCAACAGUUAACAACUUGAUUGCUUGCACUGUUGAUAGGAUCAAAGCUUCUAUGUCUUGUGAGACUGCUUGAAAACGAGCGAACCUCACAAGAGAGUUUUUUUGGUGUUGAAAGGGGGAGGAGUCAAGAGCGAACCUUACAAGAUAGAUACCAUAGAGUAAAGGUUAUGUGUUGUAGUGUUAAGUUUUGAUCUGCUUAUUUGUUGAAACUAUAAGCAGUGAAAAAACUUUUUACUUGAAAGUGAGAAUGCAAAAUGGUGUAAAGAGGUUCGGGAAUUGACUUCCCCUGCAACAUACUUGUUUCACAGUUAUGUUUCUUCUUUCUAAAGCUUGUGUUUAGAUGGACCUUAAUCAAGAAGUUGAAGUUUGUAUUCUUUUAAUUUGUUUAUAUAUGAAGUAUUUACUGCUG